AUGUGUAGCAGUAUUUUAUCAGCGAUAAGCAUUAAUAUAGCUCAACAAAAUACCACCGGUGGUGGAAAAAUGUACAUCCCUCCCGAUGAAGCACUGGACCGUGUAACAUCUAUGUUGGGUGCAACAUGCACGGGGUUCACUGUGGAGUUUGGUGGUGACAGGGAAAAAGAAAUGAUGCCACCAGAUGCGGUUGUGGAACUCAUUGAUUUACAAUCUUUGCCGGAGCAUUCAGGGGCUAUUAAUAUAAAGACACGUCAAAAGCCCUCUGAAGAACUACAACGGGCUCAGAUAAGAAAGGAGUUAGCCAUGGCUGCUUAUUUUGAAGCCAAAACUGAAGUAGUUAAACUUGAAAAAAUAAAACUACAGUUAGAAAUAGAAAAAUUAAAUGAGUGA